UAAAUCCCUAUAAAUAUACACUGGAGUAACUCGGUUAUUUUUAUUUGCWGAUUUUUUUUUAAACUCUCUUCAAUGUGAUUAUUCAUCAAGAGCUUCUGAAAAAGAAAAAAAAAAGAAACAUGGUAAAAAUAGAGACGAAACCAGUGCCCAUUUUCAGCUCUGACUAAAUUAAAACAAGGAGAAGUGGUCUCUAUUUUUGGGUCCCAGAUAUGACCCGGCCCUGAGAGUCCUAAGAUAUGUAUCUGGGUCACAGUAUUCCCUGGACCCCACCCGUCCAGCUCCCUGUUACAUGACACCAAACUCGUGAUGCACCACGUCAGUUCUGUUCAACACGGAGCCGGUUGAUCCACAUCUAAAGAACGUGUUUGUGCAACUUCGCUGCUCCCUGCCCUGCUUUAGCUGAGGAAAAAAYAACUCAAAAUGUUUCAGGGAAGCAGCUUCUCAAGUUCUUUGAGCUCUAACAGAGCUGAUUAUCAUACAAAGUGUUCCCAGCUGAAAUGAUCUACUCAGCAGCAAACAGAAUUAGCAGAAACUUCCUUGUUACUGCGUCACUUAUCAGUGGUGGACUUUGAUUGGGUUCAUGAUGACUUAGUACUUUCUGUGCGAGACAACCAGUUCCAAGUCAAAAGGCUUCAUAAACACGUUGCUCAAGUUUCCUCUCCACUUUCUAGAAAGAAUGGAGCUUGUGAAACAUUCGGGUGGCUGCCACUGUGGGGCUGUUAGAUUUGAAGUCUGGAGCUCACCUGACCUCCUUGUUUUUCACUGCAACUGUAGCAUUUGCACCAAGAAACAAAACCAUCAUUUCAUUGUCCCAAAAAGUCGCUUUACACUCCUACAGGGCAUGGACAACCUGACCACAUACACCUUUAACACUCACGUGGCUAAACACACCUUCUGYAAAACCUGUGGAGUUCAGAGUUUCUACACUCCACGAUCCAACCCCGAUGGAUACGGCGUUGCUCCUCACUGUCUGGAUCCAGGUUCUGUGCGCAGCGUGACAGUGGAGACAUUUUGCGGGGAAAAGUGGGAGGAAAGCAUGAAAUCUCACAGGAGCAUCAGAGACAUGUCUAAACCUGAGGACGACGUCUAAAAAUAACACCAGCUGUGAUAAAAAGCUCUCCUUUAAUGAGCAUUUCUUUAGAAAAAUACACAAAAUACACAGUAACAAUCUAUAAUAGUGAUUUUACAGUGUUCUGACCUGAAAAAAAUAAAGUCACAAAAAGAGAA